AUGCGCGCGUUGUUCGGAUGCAUCUUCGUCGGCAGCGGAGCCCGCAGUUUCCGGAGCUCCUUCAGAUGCGCAUUCAUCAGUAGCGCCAGCGGCGCUUCAACCCACCUCAACUGUCCCUUCAUCGGCAGAGGCAGCGGCUUGCGGGCCAUCUUCAGAUGUAGCCUCAUUGCCGGUACAUGCGGCUUCCUCAAGUGUGUCUCCAUCGGCCGGGCCGGUGUCCCGCAAGGAGCUUCCGGUUUCACUGAUUACUUGGCAAACCUUCUGGAAACGGUAGAGAUGAGCAGGGACGUCUGCCGGAAUAGCCGGUGGAAAAAGUUUACCUUUGCCGGCAAGGAUAUCAUUAUCCGUGAUGUAGCGGACAAGCUACGCACCUGGAUUGACAUAUUCAAAAAUAUUGGAGACAUCGUCGGCCGGUAUGACCCGGUCCAUGGCUGCCAGCUGUGGAGAGAAUAUGGAGGAAUCCUUGUUGAUAUCGAAAUGAUUGCGAAGGUGGUCGUGCGGUGCGUGGUUUACGAAGAAAUCUAUCUGACAACCAACCCAAAAUCACCUAAUCAUGGCGCCGUUGAGAAGAGCAUCGUUCUGCUUUACUCUGAUGUUCUGGAGUUCCUGGCCCUUUCGAAGACGUACUUGCUUCACAACUCAGCCGAGUCAUCGCUGCGGAAAGAAAUAAUGACCACGGAAGCACAAGUCCGAAGCAGCGAGCACUCGAAGCGGAUGGCCAUGAUCGAAGAACUCAACACACCGAUCAGGGGGAUAGAUUCGACUAUGACGUCCGUGUACGAUGAAUUGCAAGCGGAAGAUCUCAUGAAGGACACGGGGAAAUGGCUGCUCAAUAGCAAGCAAUUUCAGGAAUGGCGCGCCUCGAGCGCUUCGGAGAUACUCUGGUUGCAUGGGAUCCCCGGUGGAGGUAAAACGAAACUCACGUGCAAAGUUAUUGAGAACUUGCGAUCCCUGAAGGAGCAAGUCGAUUAUUUCUACUGCAAUAGGAGCGAGCCCGAGCGCCGAGAUCCGACUGCCAUUCUUCGGGCAAUGAUGAAACAACUUUCAGUGGGACUUCCCUACAAGAUCGUGAAUGAAUACGACAAAUGGCAUGGGAAACAUUCCCAGACGACAAUCAUCGUCGAAGCCUUGGACGAAAUUCAUCACCAGAAGCGCAGCAUAUUACUGGAAGCACUGAAGACCAUCAUCACCUCCGCGAAAAGCUUGGUCAAAACGACCGGCAAUAAGGAUGAUCUCGAAAGAUUUACUCGUCGAGGGGUGGCGGAUGCUAUUCGAAAGGGGCGGUUAUUGCGCAGCAGUGUUAGUGGUGAACUGGAACAACGGGUCGUAAAUGCGCUUCUAGCUGAAGCUCAUGGAACGUUUCUGCGGGUCAAUCUUCAGCUUAGGUAUCUUUGCGAGAUGAAGUCCGAAUGCGAUGUGGUCGAAAAGCUGGGGAAGCUACCGUCGGACCUCGAGAAAACAUAUUCCGACAUCUACGCCACCAUUCUCUCCGAACCGGGCCGGAAUCCUGAAAUUGCAGAGAUUGCGCUCAUGUGGAUCAUAUGUUCACCCAACCCACUCUCGCCUGAAAUGUGGUCGAUGGCCACAGGCUGGGUGGCAAAACUUCCGAGACCCGGCGGUGCAGACCCGAAAGCUCUAUUGGAUAUCUGCCAUGGCCUCGUUACGUUGGAUAGCCAAUCAAAUGUCAUGAGAUUGGCCCAUCUAGCCAACCAUAUGGCUGCGGAGGCAUGCCUCUCGGCUCUCACCGAAUGCGAUGGACUGGUCGACGAGUCCAACAUCAACGAGAGCUUCUUCCUAUAUUCCUCGAUCAACUGGGGGUACCAUGUCGACCGACGUUCAUCCUACUAUCGAUUCGGCGAAGAGUUUCCGGAAAUUUGGGAAUGGGACAAGUUUGAUAUCAACAGCGAAAACGAAGUCGGCGGCACAUUAUUGUUGCUGAUAGCGAACGGCGCUGAUAUCAAUGCUGGGAAGGCCAUCAUGGAGGGCGACAACCCACUGUUGGCGGCGAUGAGACAUGGGAAGGACCUUGUGGCAGUUCUUGACGCCGGGUUGGGACGUCAAGUCACUGAGCUCGUUCUGGAGGCCACAGCUGGAAACAUGAGUUGCGCGAAGGAGUUGAUGAAACUGUUUCUGUCCAUCAACCCAGAAAUCGGAAUCUCGGAGUCUAUUGUAGAGGCGGCAGCAGAGACUUCGUCUGGUGGGAUGGUUAUGGAGCUGCUGCUGUCCACCGGAAUCGACAUUACCGAGUCCACCAUGGAGGAAGCGGUGAGAAAUGAGGGAAGCGUAGAGAUCAUGGAGCUGCUGCUGUCAAUUACCCCGACGUCGUGA